AUGCUGUCUCCGAGGUUGUCUGCUCCUUCUGCCUCUCUACUGCGCUUCUUACGAUCUCAGUCUGGGCUCCCCGGCGCCCCAUCAAGAUGCGCUUAUCCGAAGCGUCUCGCCAACCGCGAUAAAGCCUUCUCGACAGGGUCCCCGAAACUUUCGAGCUGGACGCGCGUUGAUGAUCCUCUUGGCUCUUCAACACUUGAUACCACAUUGCAAAAUACUCAAAAUGGAAGACCGAUGCUCACUAGAGCAUCAGUGUCGCCAUCAUCGGUACCAGCACAGGUGCAAUCCUCGCGCCAUGCGUCAACCAAAAGCCGACCCUUCCUCCGACGGAUCUUCGAUCUGAAACGGAAUAAAGCCCCCGAUCACAAGAAGCAACCUCCUCCAACCGUCCCUGGGCUUAUGGAUGAAGGGACGGAGGGGAUGUUUAAUAUCGGCCGCAGCAUAUCAGCCAAGGCUUCAAAUGAGCUGCGAAUUCGAUGCACAGAAUUCGAUAUCAAUGGAGACGUCACACUAGUGAACGGAGAGUUCCGAAAGCAGGAGCUAAUUGCCAAGUAUGGCCUUCUUCCUCGAGAUCUCCGCAAGAUCGAUUCGUCGACUCUUCCCCAUAUCCUGGUGCGACCUAGCGCUAUUCUCAUCAAUCUCUUGCAUCUGCGAGUUCUUAUUAAAGCGGAUCGAGUACUCGUGUUCGAUGCGUACGGAUCGACAGACUCAUACAUGCAAUCGCUGUUCAUCUACGAUCUGGAAGGGAAGCUUCGCCAGAGACAUGUCCAGGGUGCCGCUCAGCCUAGUCAAUCGCUGCCAUAUGAGUUUCGCGCGCUGGAAGCCGUUCUCAUUAGCGUCACGAGUGGCCUGGAGGAAGAGUUUAAUGGAGUGAGAGACCCUGUCGUGCGGGUCCUCCGGGCGCUGGAGGAAGACAUUGAUCGAGAUAAGCUCCGCCAUCUUUUGAUCUACUCUAAGAAACUGGGUACAUUCGAGCAGAAAGCUCGCUUGGUACGAGAUGCUAUCGAUGAUCUGCUUGAGGCAGAUGACGAUUUGGCAGCGAUGUACUUAUCUGAGAGAGCGAUUGGCAAAGAGCGAGAAGAGGAUGAUCACCAAGAAGUGGAAAUGCUUCUGGAGUCAUAUCACAAAGUUUGCGAUGAAAUCGUUCAGGCCAGUGGUAACUUGGUGACGAACAUUCGCAAUACAGAGGAAGUAGUCAAGGCUAUUCUCGACGCCAAUCGCAACUCGCUCAUGCUCAUGGACCUUAAAUUCAGCAUUGGCACCCUCGGUCUCGCGACAGGAACAUUGUUCUCUGCUCUUUACGGAAUGAACUUGAAGAACUUCAUUGAAGAAUCAGACUUCGGUUUCGGCGGUGUUUCCGUGAUCUGCUUUGCUCUCACCGGUCUCGUCUGCUCCGUAUGUGGGGUGAAUCUGGUGUGGGGGGGUUCCUCAUUCGCUCCCCUCUCUCCAAAACGCGGCCUACUCGGCGGAAACCGCAAUAACUGGCGCGCCGAUUCCAUCGAGCCUGUUUGGGGCAGUCUCCCAGGUGAAAACCGACCCGAGCGUAUCCGACGCCUGAAAGAAAAUGCAGCCCAGGCUGCGGCCCAAGCUGCGUCGAGAAAUCUCAAAUCGGCCCAUGCUAGCUCCCAAGCUGCUAUGCAGGCAUCAGCUGCGGCUUCUAGCAAGGCUCCUGCGGAAAGCGGCAAAGGUCCUGAAAAAGAGACUGAUGUUCGUCCUGAUGGGGCUGUGUGA